AUGUAUACAGCCAAGUGGCCUACGCUGCCAUACUGGAUUUCCAGUAUAAAUUUCCCUCGUCACCUUAGAAAACUUCAACCCAAACCUCAACCUUGUUUCAUUAUGGCUUCUAAUGAAACAGACAUACCGCCUUUCUUCCGCAUCUACAAAGAUGGCAAAGUCGAAAGGUACUUCAAAAUCGAUUUUGUUCCACCGUCGCACGAUCCCACCACAGACGUACAAUCCAAAGACGUUGUAUUUUCGCCGGAAAAUGCCGUUUCAGCGCGGCUUUUCCUCCCCAAAAGUGCUACUGCUCACAACCAAAAGCUCCCGCUCCUUAUCUACAUCCACGGCGGCGGUUUUACUCUCGACUCUGCGUUCUCUUCGCAGUACCAUAGCUAUGUCAAUACUCUGGUAGCAGAAGCCAAGGCUAUUGCGGUGUCGAUUGAAUAUAGAUUGGCGCCGGAACACGCUCUUCCGGCUUGUUAUGAGGAUUGUUGGGAGGCAAUUAAUUGGGUGAAACUGCACGCCACUGGACAGGGUCCGGAUCCGUGGUUGAACGAUUAUGCAGAUUUCGAUCGGAUUUUCAUUGCCGGUGACAGUGCCGGAGCCAAUAUUGCGCAUCACAUGGCAAUCCAAACUGGCAUUAACGGUAUCAAAAUACUGGGUAUAAUUUUGGUUCAUCCAUUCUUUGCGGAUGAUGAAGCAAGCCAGUUAUUGGAUUUCAUUUGCCGGGAUUUGACUGGAAUUUAUGACCCGAGGCGGAACCCGGUUGAGGAAAUGGAUAUGAUGGCUAAAAUGGAGUGCAAUAAGGUUCUGGUUUGCACUUCUGAGAAGGAUGGUUUGAGAGGAAGGGGCUGGCAUUACUACGAGACAGUGAAGAAGAGCAAUUGGAAGGGUGAAAUUGAACUUUUAGAUUUUGAAGAAGAAGGUCACGUUUUUCAUUUGUUAAAUCCAACGUCUGAAAAUGCUGCCUUGUUGAUGAAGAAAAUUGUUGACUUCUUGAAUUAG